UACAUUUUGUUCACCCUUUGUAACAAAUCAUUGACUCAGAUAGGUCUUUAGUAAUAUGGAAAGAAUUAUACCUGAGGUACCAAACAGCUGGAAGAAGGCCACUGAUUGUAGUAUCGCGGAGUUAAACAAGAAGUGUCUUCAGUUCAUUGAAGAGGUCACGACCAACGUUGAUGAGGUCCAAAGGAGAGUCCUUGCAGAAAUCCUCUCUAGAAAUGCCAACGUUGAGUACUUGCAGCGCCAUGAUCUCAAUGGUCACAUCGAUAGAGAGACAUUCAAGAAAGUCAUGCCUGUAAUCACCUACGAAGAUAUUCAGUUUGAUAUCAACCGAAUAGCCAAUGGUGAUAAAUCUCCGAUCCUCUGCUCCCAACCCAUUUCUGGAUUCUUGACAAGGUUUGUCUUUACAAAAUGUGCAUCUCCGUCGGCAAUGUAUACGUGCAGUUCUGGGACGUCCGGAGGGGAGAGAAAACUUAAGCCAACAAUUCAAGAAGAGCUUGGGAAGAGAUUUCAGCUACGCAGCCUUGCAAUGUCUGUGAUAAGCCAAUUUGUUCCAGAUUUGGAGAAGGGUAAAGGAAUGUAUUUCUUGUCCAUAAAGUCGGAAGCCAACACCCCAGGAGGAUUACCAGCUCGUACUGUUUUAACAAGUAUUUACAAGAGUCCUUAUUUCCACGACAGGCAUCGUAACCCCUAUGCAAACUACACUAGUCCCCCUGAAACCUUUCUCUGCCCAGACUCUUACCAAAGCAUGUACUCCCAAAUGCUAUGUGGCCUCUGCCAGCACAAAGAAGUACUCAGGGUUGGCUCGUACUUUGCAUCCAGCUUUGUCCGUGCCAUCCGAUUCCUAGAAAAACACUGGUCUCUACUUUGUAACGAUAUUCGGAUGGGAACCAUUAACACUCAAAUUACAGAUCAGUCAGUGAGAGAGUCAGUGAUGAAAAUCCUCAAACCUGACCCAGAGUUAGCUGAUUUCAUCGAGGCUGAAUGCAGUAAGGAUUCAUGGCAAGGGAUCAUAGCUAGGUUGUGGACCAAUACCAAGUAUGUGGAUGUUGUUGUAACCGGAAGCAUGUCACAGUAUAUACCUACCCUUGACUACUACAGCAAUGGCCUCCCUCUUGUCUCUCCCAUGUAUGGUUCCUCGGAAUGCCCCUUUGCAAUCAACUUGAACCCGUUUUGUAAGCCCAGCAAAAUCUCUUACACCUUUAUUCCCACCAUGUGUUACUUUGAGUUCGCACCAAUUCACAGAGAUAAUGGAGUAAUCAAUUCUACCUCCAUGUCCAAGUCGCUUAAUGAGAAACAACAAAAUCAAUUAGUCGAUUUGGUUGACGUCCAGAUUGGACAAGAGUACGAGCUUGUUGUUACCACAUAUUCAGGACUCUAUAGAUACAGGGUGGGUGAUGUGCUUCGAGUUGCUGGAUACAAGAACAAUGCACCUCAAUUCUACUUUGUAUGUCGGGAAAAUGUAAUCUUGAGCAUUGAUUCCGACAAGACUGAUGAAGCUGAGCUACAAAAUGCAGUAAAAUAUGCAGUGCACAAUCUGAUGCCAUUUGAUGCAAAUGUAGCCGAGUACACCAGCUAUGCCGAUACCGCCACCAUUCCAGACCACUAUGUCCUAUUCUGGGAGCUCAAUGUGAAUGGCUCUACCCAAAUUCCUCCUUCUGUCUUUGAAGAUUGUUGCCUCACCAUUGAAGAAUCUCUAAAUAGCGUCUACCGCCAGGGGCGUGCCUCUGACAAAUCCAUUGGGCCUCUG